AUGGCGCAAAUGAACGAAUAUGAUUAUGCUCGAGAAAAAGAAGAAUCCGAGCGGCAGAGCAGCAGCAGCGGCGGCGGCAGUGGGUCGUUCAAAUUCAACGUGGCGGCGCCGGAGUUCGUCCCCGCCCCCGCCGCCCCCAUAACCGGCUACUUCUACCCGUGCUUCCCGUCUAUCGACGGCGGCACGGGCAGCUGGAUUUACGUCUCUGAUCCAGAAAUGCCAAUCCCUUUGGCCGUUCAGCCUCGGCCUAACGGCAAAGGCGCCGCCUCCGCCCACAUUUCUCCGCACCACCACCCUAAAGAAGCCGCUCUCUCUGAGGAGCUCAAGCAGAAGAUCAUCAAACAAGCGGAAUACAUGUUCAGCGACAUGAGCAUGCUCGCGAACGAAACCCUCGUAAAACACGUGAAUAAGGAUCCGGAAGGCUACGUGCCUAUAAAUUUCGUGUCGACGCUGAAGAAGCUGAAAUCGUUGAACGUGAACAAUCAGAUGGUGGCGCAGGCUAUCCGUUUCUCGACCAAACUGAUCGUGAGCAGUGAUGCGAAGAAGGUUAAACGAAAGCAUCCGUUCACGGAGAAAGAAAAAGAGGAGCUGCAGUUGAGAACUGUCAUUGCUGAAAAUCUCCCUGAUGAUCACUCUCAUCAGAAAAUCGAGAAAAUGUUCAAUGUGGUCGGAAAUAUAAAGUCGAUCCGCAUUUGCCAACCACAGGAGCACAGUUCGUCGCGGUCUUCAAAGGGCGAUAUAGUUAUCAGCAACAAGCUUCACGCCCUGGUGGAGUAUGAGAAUGCAGAGACAGCGGAGAGAGCAGCAGAGAAGCUCAACGACGAAAGGAACUGGAGAAAGGGGAUGCGAGUUAGGGUCAUGCUCAAGCGCUCGCCUAAGUCUGUGCUCAAGUGCCGCAAGUCAGAAUUCGACGUGUCUUUUGAAGACGAAGAUUCCUCCUCCCGCCUAAGCAACUCAGAAACUGAGGCGGAUGAGAAUGGAGCGACGCUGAAGAGGAGCUGGUCGAAAAACAGAGGAAAGGGGAAGCAGCCGCAGCUGCAGGCGACGCGUAGUCUGCCAGCAACAUCGUCGCACUUUGGCAACAACUUCCCGGCUAAGGGGCCGAGGAUGCCCGAUGGGACUCGAGGUUUCACCAUGGGGCGGGGAAAGCCGCUUGCCAUCCAAGUUUGAAUCACAGGAUUUCAAUUCAUUAUAGAUAGGACCAAGCUUGAUCCUUUUUCAAGCAAAGAAUGUUUGCUUUUUAGGUAAAAUAGAUGGCUAGGUUUUGCUUGCAAGAGACCACCUUAUGUUUUCAUUAACUUAAUACUCCUACUUUUCAUAUUUGUAUUUAUUUGUUUA